AAGCACCUAACAGCCUAAAACCCCUUUUCUCCGUCUCAUCUCUGCUCUCAGUGAAAACUUUUUUUUUUCUUGUCUUCCUUAGUUUUGAAUCAUUUUCGUUUUGAUUUAUUAUUUUUUCCUUUCCAUUUCAGUUCAAAAAUCAAAGUUUUUAGAUCAGGAGCUGCUACGUUUGGAGUUGUUUAAGACUCUGCUUGCACUGGGAAUCUCGAUCGCUUCAAGAGUAAGAAAAACUAUGAGUUGUUUAAGACUCUGCUUGCACUGGGAAUCUCGAUCGCUUCAAGAGGUUGGCUUUGAAACAUGCUGAAGCUCAAGGAAUUGAAGUAGGAAAAGCAAUUGGAAAGCUUGUAGAUAAAGAUGGAGAUGGAUGUCUUCAUUUUGCUGCUGAUGGAGGAAGUUUAAACAUCUGCAAAUACUUGCUUGAGACGUUGAAAUUUGACGUGGAUUCCAAAGAUGGAAGGGGUUACACACCCUUGUUUCACGCAAUGUCAAAAGGGCAUUUGGACACAGUUAGGUAUCUUCUUGAAAAGGGUGCCAAUGCUGAUGCAUCAGAUGGUACGAAUGAAACUCCUUUACAAUAUGCCGCACGAGAAGGUGAUACAAAGUUAAUGGCCUUCUUACUUUCUAAGGGUGCUCAGAUAGAUGUUGCAACUAGGCUGGGCACUGCCCUACAGAUGGCUGCUGUUUUUAGUCAUCAAGAUGCUGUUAAGAUGUUGUUGAUUCACGGUGCAAAUCCUAACAUUGGUAGUCAUGAGAAUAUGCUUAAACCGCUAUAUUCAGCAAUUUAUACCAAGUCAUGGGAAUCUGUAGAGCUUUUACUAAAGGCAGGCGCUGACCCAAAUGAUGUGUCAUGUGGAAAUUCACCUCUAGUAGCUGCAGCAAGGGCUGGGCGCGCAGAUGUCGUUACGCGCUUACUUGAAGCUGGUGCAGAUCCAAAUUAUAAGAUGAAUGCAGGGCUGACAGCAUUAGAAAGGGCCGCUGUUUUCUGCAAUUAUCAAAGUGUUGGGGUUCUUUUUCCUGUGACGUCUUGCAUUCCAACAUAUCCCGAUUGGAGCGUUGCCGGACUACUGAGUCAUGUAUAUUCUGAUGCAAACAAAAUGCGGCCCAUGAGAUGGAGAAAUUUCAUGAGGCAAAGUCAAAAGGAAGGGUUGCCUUCCAGGAAGAGCAGUAUGUUACAGCAGCGCAUUGGUUUGAAGAGGCCUUGGACAUCUCCCUUAAAGAUCCAGCAAUACUGUCUAACCUGAGUGCCUGUUUUGCGCGUCUGGGUUUUGGAAUCGAUGCACUUGAGUAUGCUACUAAAUGCAUUUCUGAAAGGCCUGAAUGGCCCAAGGCAUACUAUAGGCUAGGUGUCGCACUCAAUAUUCAAAAAAGGUAAGAUGAAGCUGCAGAUGCCUUUAACAAUGGUUUGAAGCUCGAUCCGAGAAACAAAGGGCUCAAAGAUGCGUACAUGAAUGCUAUCGAAGCUAGAUUGAACUCUAUCAAAGUGGAAGAAGAUAAAGUGGAAGAAGAUAAUACUGAGUAAUGUGGAUAUGAAAGAAUUAGAACAACGAAAAGAUAUACUCACUAGCGAAACUGAUUCUGUAAAUGAAGUAUUCUAAAGACAGUUGUUGGUAGCUAAAAAACACACCGAUUUAUUAAGCAAGCAAAGAGUUACAAA